AUGUUUUCCGAAUACGCCUCCAAGUUCCUCGCGCAAUCACAGUCACGACUGUCUAACUUCGCCGGGACGGAUAACGGGGACAGAGCGGCUCGGCCGACCGACUGGCAAAGUCGAGGGUCGCGGCUGGGAGGGCGGGCUUUCUUGGGGAGGGGCGGUGGGAAUCCUUAUAAUCCCAGCGGCUCACGGUUCGGCAACCUAGCCACCUUUAGCUCACGUUACGCUACCAACGACGCGCCGUUAUUUCAGGCCACCCUUGAGCACGACGACGAUGAUGAGGAGGAGGCAGCGGAUCUAUUUGCGCUUCAACGGUCGCGGCGCGUCUUUGCCGCGAGCCGACUCGAAGAAAGCGCUGAGACGGACAAUGACGAGAGCCGCGCAUCGUUAGAGCGGAGCCACGAUGUCGAGAGUUCAACGCUGGGUGAACGGCUUCUGGGUAUCAAGAGCAGUUGGAAUGGCAGAAAGGGCCAUUCCCGUCGGAUACCGGGAGAAAGCAUGGGUGAAGGCAGCAAGAGGAGUCAUCGACGAACAUCCGGGGAGAGUGACGAAGACAGGGGGAUGGAGGAUGUCGCCCUCCAAUCUACCAUCGCCGGCAGCGAACCGCCCGAAGAUCUCCUUGUAGAAACUACGGGAGAUAACGACCCGCCAGCGUUCCAGAAGUUCCAGUCUACAACUGCGCCAACACGCAUGCAGAGGAGGGACUCGGCGGCCGAUUCGGAACUCGGGCUCUCAGUGGACACAAAUUUGAACGACGCGCCGGCCCCGCCGAUUAUCGAGGGCGAAAUCUUUAAGCACGACGCCUUCUUCGCUUGGCUCUAUUUGAUUGCCCAAGCGUCCCUGUUCUCGACUUUCGUGUUGGUCAUGCUGCACACGGACCGUGGGGACGGGCCGCUAGGGGAUACCAUCUACACUACCUUGCGGGCUUCCUUCCACCUGCUGGCUGUUGAUACUCUGGUAUCCAUUAUCGUCUCCCUCGUCUGGCUUGCGGCGUUGCGAUCGUUCGUCAAACCUCUAGUGGCUCUCAUUAUGAUUGCGGUACCGGUGGUCUUGAUAUCCUUCUCGCUAUAUCCUUUCAUCUCCAGCUACCAGUCAACCGAUGGCAGCACUCGCCUCCAAGAUACCGUCAUGCGGUGGGCGGCUAGCGUCCCCGCCAUCUCUGCGGUGGUUUGGGUCUAUCUGGUAUACAAGGGACGGCACGCGAUUCAAUCGGCGGUUGGCAUUCUUGAGUUUUCGAGCCGUAUUCUGGCUGCGAACUCGGCCCUCGUCCUGGUUGGCAUGGCAUGCCUCGUUGUGGUGGUGGUCUGGACCUGGGUGUGGCUACUCAUGUUCACCAGGGUCUUUCUGGGAGGGAGCUUCUCGAGCCGGCUUGCCAAGUUCAUCAUCAGCACGUCAAGUUGGUGGCUCGGGGUGUACUUCGUUCUCAUGUACAUUUGGACCUUGUCCAUCAUCUCGGGUGUGCAGCGGAGCACUACGGCGGCGACAGUAUCCCAGUGGUACUUCCACCGUAACGCGGUGCCGGCCCCGUCAUCCAAGGAAGUCGUGUCGGCCGCCCUAGGCCAUGCGUUGACGACUGUCUUCGGAACCAUCAGCAUGUCGACGAUCUUGGCCCUCGCCAUCCGACUUCCCUUGCUGGUGCUGCCUCGGCGGCUGGCUAACAUCCUCAGCAUGUUUGUCUUCUCGUUCAUCCCGACGUCCAUUGCCGCCCUCACAAACCCGUUGACCUUGACCUACGCGGCUAUCCACUCACAACCGCUGGCCAUAUCGGCCAAGGGGCUCAGUCAGAUGGACUUCAUCGCACCACAGCGGCCGACCACGACACUCACACCGGCGUCGCUCCCCAAGAACAACAGACACUCCCCGUUACUGCCAUACCGGCUUGCGAAGCUAAUCCUGCACGCGACGCGCUUUAUCAUGGCCAUUGCUCUCGGCUUCGCGGGCUGGGUCAUGACCGCCCGGCAGCUGAAAGUUGACCAGGGGAAUGGGCUCGGCAUGCGGGGCAGCGCCUAUGCGUAUGUGGUGGGCCUGGUUGCCAGCUUCAUAGGCUGGGGCAUCCUUGGCGCGAUGGAGGGUAUUCUGAGCGGGAUUGUCGACGCCGUCGUCAUAUGCUACGGCAGCGAGAAGCGCAUGACACAGGGCCCUGGCGGGUACUGCAUGAGGCGCGUAUCUUUUCGGAGACCGGAGGAUGGAGCGCGGCGGGGGAUAAUGAUCUCCAUUGAAUCGGUUUCCUGUUUGGGCCAUCCAAGCUCCGCAGCCUCGUCCGGCGUGUCUCGGCGGCGAGGGUGGCGGGCCCUGAACAACACGCGUUCCAGGCAGGUGCCACCAAACGGGGGCGGAAACGUGCAUCGAAGGGGUUUGAAUAUGACCCCACAAAGUGCGUAG